UGAGAUGAGACACGGGAACGCCUCGUCUCCAUCGCGGCUGCAGGGGACGUAGUAGCUGGGUCAGGGCGAGGAGCCGCCGCGCGCCGCCGGACGCCGGCACGGCCGCACCUCCCGGCGCUGCCUCCUUCCCGCGACUCCCGGUCAGGGCGGCGCCGGCAUUGCGGCAAGGGUUGGCCGAGACGGAGCCCUCGCCCCUCGUCUGAACUGCCCCUACUGCGAGAUCAAGCGCCCCUGCCGAACUCGCUCAUCGCUGGCUCUCCCUGCGCCCCCCCUUGCCUCGCCGCCGUGCGUCCCACUGAGGCCUCUCCCAGAUCGAGUAGGGCAGUGCACUUACUUCAGUGUGAAGGUCCUGGAAAUACUUGUUUCAAAUGGCUCAGCAAGCGGAUGGCAUUUAUGAUGUGCCAGACGGGCCUCCUUUGAUGACUAUCAACUUGAAGCUGAGCAGCGAAAAUUCCUUUUCAGAAAUGCACCGCUCCUACGCAAGCCAGAUGGAGCGCCUACGGAAACGUCUCAAAAGGAAGUUUAAGACCCUCGUGAAGGGCAAGAGGAAGUUUCAUCUCACCCCAGAUGAGUUAGCUGUUUUCACGGUUGCAUUUACUGAUGGUGAAAGGACUGUCAGGGCGAUCAUUGAAGGAAGGCAUAUGUGGGUGAGAGGAUUCGAAACUACAGAUGGACAGGUGUAUGAGUUCAAGGAGAAGAAGCAGGGACAUGAAACAAAGAAGUAUAUCAAAGGGUCAAUUUUACUUUCCCAUGGAGGAGGGUAUCCCACACUACUACGUGAAGGCCCUCCACUUGAAAACUUCGAAGUGGGCUAUCCUGCUCUAAAAGAUAUGCUUGAUCAGCUAUCUCAUUUUGAUCCAACCAAGUCUUCUGUCCAGUCUCUGCGUGCAAUGGCGGCACUGAUAAUACACACUGCUGAGAGCAUAAAGAACAACUUCAUCUGCUUAAUUGUUCUGAAAUCGCUCGAUCCAAAGCUGGGUGCAAGGAAGCAAGAGUUGACAGAUCUGGGAAAUGGAUACAUCCGUAGCUGGGCAAAGAUAUCAAAGCUAAUCCUGAGAUAUCUUCACAUUUCAACCAAGGUUUGGGAUGUAAAUGAACAGAAAAAGGUAAAAAAUGAAGAGUUCUAUAAAGUUCCAUGCUGGACAAAUGAUCCCAAGGAUGUGCUCAAUCAUAUCAUAUUCAUAAAAAGUGAUGAAUAUCUGGAUAAUGUUCUGCAUGUACAAGAUGGCCAAACACGAACCCUACCAGAUGUGCUUCAAGCUUCUAUAGGUGUGGUUGUUGUGGGAGGGGUGAACCUUGCCUUAAAUUAUGCAACAGAUAUUCCCCGUGUUGCUCAAGUGCUACUGCGAGCAACUUCAUUGUCCUCAAAUGUCCAGGUCAUCGAAGGAGAGUUUCCCAUCUACACAGACGGACACAUAGACUUGUGUACAAUGCAUCUGAAUUUGAAGAAAAAGGAAGGACAUCAAGAGGAAGUGGUUAAGUUAACACUAACAGUGAGUGCUUUGCGACAGGCGACUGCAGAUGCAAACCAAGUCCAUGAUGAGGGUGUGUACUGUAAAAUGACUAAAGGAUGUGUUAAGGACAGUAAGAUGAGCACCGCACAACUGGAGCUAUAUUCAGAAAACAGAGAAUUAUUCGAUAAACUUGUAGACGAAAGAGUUGCAGAAUCUGAAGCAGAGUACCCAACGAUGGAUCCAAUGCUGCUGCUAUGCAGUAAGAAAGAGUCACCACUAAACUUACAAGACAUUGGUGUUGGGCUGGUGUGCUGAUACUACCAUGAAAAGCAGCUGAGUUCCAGGCCAUCGGCAAUUAGAUACUGUAAGCUGAAAGAAUGAGUAUUCCUGAAAGAUGAUGAGUGCGAAGAAGUGGUCCAGGGGAUUUUAUUCUCUUGAGAGGAUAAAUUAGACAAUCGUUGCAUUUCUUGAUGCCUUGGAAGGACAUAGGCCACUGAAAAAUCUUGAGUUCUUCAGAGACAUGUCUUGGAAAAGAUUAUGCAACUACUCUCCUGGAAAUUUUCUAUAUGGAGGAGACGUGGAAAAGUUAACUGGUGCAGUCUUGGUGACGAGAACUCAACGUUCUUCUAUGUUGCUGUAAAUUGCCAAGCGAGGAGAAAUAAAUGAGGUUGCUGGUACAUAAUGCAUCAAGCGCUUUCAUAUUUAGCAAAAGUUACAAAUUGCCACUGUCUCGGGAACCUGUCGGGCUCUCCCCCGCACCGACUACCAACAGUAAAUGUCAGUCACCUGUGUCAGUCUCGGUGGUCUAUCCGAUACAUUCUCUUGGAAGGAGAUUGUUAAAAGCGCUCAGGUCCGGAUGGAUUUACAUAUGAAUUCUUCAAAAACAAGCUAAUGUUAAUGAAAGAGGAUCUGAUAUCCCCUCUUUAGGGAGUUCCAUGCAAACAAGUUCAACCUAAGAGGCGUCAACAGAUCCUUCAUUGUUUUCACACCAAAGAUUGAAUGUUCCGUGAGACUGGAGACUAUGGACCGAUUUCUUUAGUGCACAGCCUGAUGAAACAGAAGUCAUGACAAACAGACUCCAGCUUCUGAUUUGGGUCCUCGUUGAUAUGAUUCAAUCAUGGUUUAUAAGGGGUGCUCAAUUGUUGAGAACUUUGUUUUGGCUUCUGAAUUAGUGCAGUCUGCAAAUAAAGAGGAAACCAAUGACUGCUAAAACUGGACUUUCAAAAGGCGUUUGACACGGUGCUUUGGGAUUGCCUCUUUCAGCUAUGCAGCACCGGAAUUUCCUUACGGAUUGGAUCAGAUGGGUUCAGUGUCAGGUCCUUGUCAGCGGUAUGGCAGGUGAACCCAUUUCCUUCCUGGAGGGGUUAGACAGCGUGACUCCCUGUGGCCCUACCUUUUUUAUUCUGGCCGGCAGUGUCCUUCAGAGGAUGUGUGCUAAGGCCUUCUGGGAUGACUACCUCAGGCACCCGUUCCAUAGCAGUAACGGGCUAGCGGCAAUGGCCCACUCUCAGUUUACACAGUAAGCUGAUGACACAGUCCUACUGCCACACGGUUCGGUUGAUCAGGCUAGAAGGUUUAAGCAAAUCCUGCAGGCCUUCUUGGACUUUUCUGGUCUCAGUAUUAAUUGUCAUAAGAGCGCCUUAUUAUUCAUAUCAACAGUGAGGAGGCUGCUGAAAUUGCAAGUAUUUUAGAGUGCCCCAUCAGCUCACUGCCUUGCACUUAUCCUGGGCUCCCACUCUAUAAGCAAGACUCCGCAGCAUCUUCUCCAACCAGUGAUACAGAAGAUUGAUAAGAGACUAGCUGGAUGGAUGAUGCCAUGAUGAUCAAUGCACUCUUUCAGCGAUCCCGAGUUACUACGGAAGAAAACAUCAGCAAGGUCAACAAAUUAAGACGCUCCUUUCUCUGGUAGAACAAGAAGAAAACUCACCGCCGACAGUGUGAUCACUUGGGAAUACACGUCAUCACACCUAAAGAAUCUGGGGAAUUAGGAUUCCGAGAUCUGCUUGCUCAUAGCACCGCUGUCCUCUGCAAUUUGCCAACAUGCUCCUCCAUGGCAACACUAUCCCGUGGCAUAAUUGGUUCUUGUCUGUCUGUGGGACCUGUCUGUUCAGUCCUUUGAAGCAUAGAAAUGACACGGCCAUCUGGGCAACCUUCAAGUCAGUACUCCCGCUGGUACAAGAUGCGACUAAGGGCGCGUUCGGAUUCCCUCCGCUCCGCGGCUCCGCGCCGGAGCGGAGUGGCAAUCCAGUUUUAAUUUGCGGAGCUGAUAAAACGCCGCUCCGCGCGCUCCGCUCCGCGGAGAGCUGCCGAACAGGCGCUAAGUGUACCAUACCUGAUUUUCCCUGUGCUCUUCACGUAUGCGCAAGAUCAGUACUGCCGGGUUAAAUCACAGGUCACUUCCAGCGGCUGGGAGCCUAAACUGAGACCUACCCGAUCUGCUACAGGCUACAGCUUCUCCGAAUUGCUGCAGAUUCUGAAAAAAUUUCUUGUGAUUGAAGGCUGCGAUGCUGGUAGUUCAGUAACUACAAAGUACUUUUAUCAGAUGCUAACUUUCAGAAGAGUAUAUACUGAAGCUGCUACUUUCACUUGGCAUCCCAUAAUAUGAUGAGGAAAGGGUUGGUGCGAAGAUGCAGGGUGCAAUAUUUGUCCAGGUGUUGAAUCCAUUGAGCAUAUUACGUUGAGGUGCAGAUUGAUGCAACAAAAUUUGUCAGCAUUUGAAUCUUCAGCAGCCAGCUGCACGAGCCACAUCUCUACUGCAAUUCGUCCAGGGCCAACACCUCCAAGCAUGGCCGCUCGUCUCCGCGGCCUGUGCUGCUGAACUGUGGCACAGCCCUAAUGAAAUGGUUUUCAACAGUCAGCAUUUCUCUGCAUGGACAUGCUGUUCCGAAGAGAAGCUGACUCUGAAGCACUUCUUCUACGGGCAGAAAAUUUGGGCGCCACACAGUUGCCUAUGUUUGCCUUAUUCCUUCGGUUUCUUUCUUCUUUCUUCCUUCGUUCAUUUGUUGCCGUUGUCUUCGUUUCUGUUCUGUCCCCAGUUUGCUGGACUGUUUGGUCCAUGCGGUCUCUGUAACACUAGGCCUUUUUGCCUCUCAUGGCUGGCGAUCUUGCUCUCUUCGGCGAGCUCGAGAGUGGUGAUCAACGGGUGUGCGGGAGAGAAGUUCAUGCAUGCGUGUGGGCUGCGGCAAGGGGAAUCCCUCUCCCCAAUGUUGUUCGUUAUUGCGAUGGAUGUUUUGACAGCGAUUGUGGUGAAGGCUCAUGACUCUCAAGUCCUAAGUAAGAUGAACUGCUGCAGCCCAUUGCAACGUCUAUCUCUUUAUGCGGACGAUGUGGUGAUGUUUAUCAAACCCUCAAGGACAGACAUUAGAUUGGUGGAGGAGGUCCUGCAGAUCUUUGGUGAAGCUUCUGGACUCAAAAUCAACUUUGCAAAAUCCUCGGCCAUUCUGAUCAGGGCCGAGGAGGGAGAUGAAGAACUAGUAAGAAGUGCAAUGCCCUGGAAGAUUGACCGGUUCCGUGCAAAUACUUGGGUUUGCAGCUGAGUAUCAAGCAACUAAAGAGGUCUGAAUGACAACCGAUGGUGGACGCUGCAAUCAAAAUUUUGCCGGGCUGGCAAAGGGGAAUGAUCACUAGACCGGGCAGGCUCAUACUGGUCAACCAAGUGAUGCGUGCAAGACCCACACACCACCUGAUUGUUUCGGAAGCACCUAAGUGGGCAUUGGACAAGGUAGACAAGGGUUGCAGAGCCAUCUUCUGGGCGGGCUCGGAGGAAGUCAGCGCAGGCAAGUGUGUGGUAUCUUGGCAGAGAGUAUGCAAACCAAAAUACCUUGGAGGACUAGGAGUGAUGGACUUGGGCAAACACGGCCUUGCGCUUCUCUUGCGGUGGGAAUGGUUAAGAAGAACAGAUAGCUCACGGCCGUGGCAGGGACUCAACUUGACGCCAGAUCGAAAUGUACAGCAGGCGUUCAACAGUUUAGUCAAGUGGAAGCUAGGAGAUGGAGCUCAGAUUCUGUUCUGGAAGGACAGAUGGAUCAACGGUGCAUGCAUUGCGGAGGUGGCACCCUUGAUCGUGCUCAAAGUCAAGACCCAAGUGAGGAACAGAAGAGUGGUGCAGGAGGGUUUGCUAUCCCAUGCUUGGACUAUGGAUAUCACAGGUGAGAUGUCCACAGAUGAAUUGGCACAAUUCAUCCGGCUAUGGGAAGUGCUGAUUGAGGUACAUCCAAUCCCGGAUCAGGAGGAUAUGGCUGUUUGGGAGUGGUGUGUGGACAGAAAAUACACAGCAGCCUCGGCAUACAAAAUGUUCUGUGAGGGAGGGAUCUGGUUCCAGUCGUAUAGAGGCAUAUGGAAGAGUUGGGCUCCGCUAUCUUGCAAGAUAUUUAUGUGGUUGGCAGUUCAGUACCGAGUCUGGACUUCGGAUAGAAGACUCAGACAUGGCCUGCAGGAGGAAACCUCACCGUGCUAUUUUUGCGACCAAGAGGAAGAUACGGUGGAUCACUUGCUGCUGCAAUGCGUGUUCGCGAGGCACGUGUGGUAUCUAUGCUUUGCUAAAGUUGGGGUGGAGCUGGCACUCUUACCCUCGGUGCAGUCCAGGCUGGAAGAGUGGUGGGAGACGAGAAGGAAGCGGAUUACCAAAGCUAACAGGAAAGGUUUUGACUCCUUCGUCAUGAUGAUCUGUUGGACACUUUGGAAGCAGCGGAAUGCACGAGUAUUCAGAAAUACGAAUGAUGUGAGGGAUGCUCGGGGUACUAUGGAAAUCAUCUUUCAAGAGUUGAAGUUGUGGGAAUUGGCAGGAGGCUCGGGAGUGUCUACGUUUUGUGAGUAAUCGGCUUAGAGAGUGGGAGUGGAGUGGGUGUAGUGCAUCGAUGUGUGGUGCCGACCCCUUGUAACCUCUUGUAAAUACUUUUCUGCCUUCUAUAAAGCUAAGAGUACGCCAUUGGCGUACUCUCAAAAAAAAAGAAUAUAAGGCAGAGAUCUCGACCUUAUUUUCAAAAGUAAAAGACAAUCUGAGGCAAUUAGACAGUUUCAUCAUGCAGUUC